UUCCUCCCCAAUCCCGCAAACCCCUCCCGAAAAAUGUCCACCUCCAUCCCAAUCCGCCACCUCCGGCGCCUCUCCACCACCACCACCUCCACCGCCCACUCCUCCAUCUCCAUUUCCAAAGCCAAGUCCAAGCUCCGCUCCGAACACGACCCCGACAAAGCCCUCGAAAUCUACUCCUCCGUAGACCUCGCCGUCCGCCGCCUCGCCAAGUCCCACCGCUUCUCCGACAUCGAAUCCUUCAUCGAGUCCCACAGAAACGACCCGUGAAUCACGCAGGAGCCUUACUUGUCUACCUUAAUCCGAUCCUACGGCCGAGCUGGCAUGUUCGACCACGCGCUCAAAACCUAUGACCAAAUGGACAACCUAGCUACUCCCCGAACUUCAGUUUCCUUCAACUCUUUACUUACAGCCUGUAAUCUUUCAAAACAGUUCGACAGAGUUCCUCAGCUGUUCGACGAAAUUCCAACGAAGUACAGUGUUGUCUCCCCUGACGAGGUGUCGUAUGGGAUUCUGAUCAAGGCUUACUGUGAGGCUGGGAAGCCGGAGAAGGCGAUCGAGAUGGUGAGGAUGAUGGAGGAGAAGGGCAUUGAGGUGACAGCUGUGGCGUUUACCACUGUGUUCAAUGCUUUGUAUAAGAAGGGGAGUAGAGAUGAGGCUGAGAAGCUGUGGGAUGAGAUGGUGGGCAAGGGCUGCAAGGUUGAUGCGGCGGCGUACAAUGUGAAGAUAAUGUAUGCUCAUGUUGAUGAGAGUGCCGAAGGUGUGAAUGGUUUGCUUGAUGAGAUGGUUGCUCUUGCUGCUGGAUUGAAGCCGGAUGCUUUUAGUUAUAAUUAUUUGAUGAGUUGUUAUUGCAGGGAUGGGAGGAUGGAGGAAGCUGAGAAGGUUUAUAGGGGGUUGGAUGGGUAUAAGCUUAAUCCUAAUGCGGCGACUUUUAGGAUUUUGGUGUUUAAUCUCUGUAAGAAUGAGUUGUUUGAGAGGGCGUAUAGGGUGUUAAAGAAGAGUGUGGAGGUGCAUAAGAUCCCGGAUUUUAGUACUUUGAAGUUGUUGGCUGAGGGGUUGAUGAAGAAGAAUAUGAGGAAGGAGGUGAAGGGGUUGAUUAGGACAGUAAAGAGGUUUCCUCCUAAUGUGAUGAAUGCCUGGAAGAAAUUGGAGGAGGGUCUUGGUUUGGUGCCUGAAGAACUCGAUGCUUCUUGUGUUCCUCAUGAUGAUGAUGAUGAAGAGAAACGAGGAACUGUAAAUAGAAAGCAGUGGACGAAGCCCAAUGGUAAGAAGAGGUUUCCUCGUAAAGCCAGGAAUGACCGGAAGAAAUUGGAUACUGUUACUUCUUCAGUCCCUCAUACUCAUAGUAGUGCUAAAGAAGCUACAGGAUGAAUAUGGAUGGAAUUCGAUUUGGUUUGUCUAAAAGUGAAUAUGCGAUUGCUUCAUCGGUUGUCAGUCUUCACUCAGACUGAGCUGAUCUGAUCUGAUUGAAUUGUUAGCAAUGCCGGUGGCGAUGAAACAAGUUGGAAGCUAUUUGGAAAUAAAAGCUUCAAGUUUUGGUUUAGUAUGCUAGUUUACUUAUGUCUGUCUCUUUACUUGUUUGACUAUGUGCACUAGU